AUGGGACUUGAAGAGAGUAAGAUUGGUCAGCCUAAUAAGACUACUUGCAAUGCACCAAAUUUGUGUUUCUUCGCACCUGUUUUACCGGGCAGGAUUGUACACCAGUGUACAUUGGAAUUAUGGAGAAAAUCCCAUAGAGAACUUUUUAAUUUUCCGGACAAAGUAAUGGUGUGCACUUAUCAAGUGCCACAUGACUGCACUUCAGCAUUCUGCCUUACCAGACAGAAUAUAGUCAACUUUAGGAAGUCGUGUUCUGUAUUUUCUUUGAGGAAGCGCAGAGAAUAUACAAAAAUGGCAGAACAUUUUGAAUACAAUCACAUACCUGCACAUUUGUCUUCCAUACAGAACCUGCAUUUUAAGUCUGUGUUAGACAUUCACAGCGGCUUGGCAGUUGUUCACUUGGCUCGAGAUAUGAUCACUCAGUUCGCAUUAGUGGAUUUACGAAUUAAUAAGUUUCUUGGCUCAUUUGGUCGGCAGACAGUUUUAUUCAGUCCUGAAUCUACUAUAGGCAAAAUAUCUCCUGAUGGGACAUACUGUCUAGUCAGGCUUCCUUGGUCAAGAAAUAGGAGAGUUUAUAUACUGAAGUUAUAUAACUUACGAAAUAGUGAAUUGAUUUCUGAACUCCCGUUAUCCAAUGCCUCGAAUUAUGAUGAAUCGUCAUCAGCUAGUUCACGUCUACCGCUAGCCCCAUAUCAAGAGCAUAACAGACAAUCGAAUAUUCGAACAUCCUGUGAUAAUGUCCACUCAUCGUCGUCAUCGAGUUCAAUGAAUCCAGAAUUACGAGGCGCUAGUCAAAAUGAAAACCAGCUACAACUUGGUCCAGCUCGUUCAUCUCAGGUGUUAUUUGCUUUCGACCCAAGAUUUGUAAAUUCACGUAUAGCAAUAACUAAUGUGGAUUUCCCGCACAGUUUGAAUUCUCACAAAUCAUCAUCGUCUAAUUGGUUGCCUGGAAUGCAGGCCACUCUAAGUUUGGUAAAACUUCCAACAUGGGAAUGUUUGGCUUCAACUAAUAAACUUUGUUGUUGGUCACUAUCAUCAUCAAAUCGUACUGGACCGUCGUAUGUUGUUAACAAUUCCUCUUCUUCUUCUUCUUCGACUUCGACUUCAACUUCAACUAGAGAAACUGGUCGACGAAGACGUUCGUCAGAUGCAAAUCAUCAUGCUGGGAAUUCACCGAAUUCACCGAAUACUUUCAAUAGUACAUUUCCACACGUGAUGAGUAUAUUCUAUUCAAGAGAUGGUUAUUUCUUAUUUACAAUUACUACAGAAUCGCGUGUCUGUCGAUGUUCUGUUAUCGAUAAUCAUAGUCAUUCAGUGAAUUCUUUGUUAUCAUCAGAAACAUCUAGUUAUGCGGAGGAUGUAUGUCAUACGCCUAAUACAUCCCGAUUUUCAUCAAGCAGUACUACAGUAGAAAGUGGACGUAAUCAACAGAGGGUGUUCAGUGCAUCUCAGUCGGUUGAAUCAACUUCACGUUACACAUCGAAGACAAGUAAUGCAUCAUCGCCAAUGCUGGCGCCUACACUUCCUGGUUGUACAACACUAUGGCUGACAAUAUUUAAUUCGGAUACUUUAGAGAGGUUAAGAAUUCUAAGAUUUGAUCGAGCUAUAUGUCCUAUUCAUACAUGUCCUACAAAUUAUUUACCGGUGAUGAGUCGGUGUGGAGCAAGGAUAGCAUUGAUUACACGACAAACUGUAGGGUUGCAUAAUAAUAAUAAUAGCAGUAAUAGUAGUAAUCAAAGUAUUAAUGUUAAUUCACGUGAAUGCCUACUAUCUAGUUGUAAAACUAUACCUGCGUCUCUGAGACAUUCUGUUCCAUCAAUAAAUGUUGAUGCCUGUUGUGAUUCACAAUGGGUCAGCAGUAAAGGCAGUGGUCAAGAAAUAAGCAAAGAAAAUUCUGGCAGACGGAAUGAAUUAAAAAAGCAACAAGCAAUCAAUUCACAGGCUUGUUUAUUCAAUCAACCGCGAAAUUUAAAUCUAAGUCAUCAUCUUUCAACUUCUCUACCUUCUCCAUUGUCAAAAGUUCAUUUGUCUUCCGGUGGUGGUGGUGGUUCUUCAACUUCAGAGUUAAAUACUACUACUACUACUACUCCCGCCACUUCUCAUCAUCGUCCUAUGACUACAACAUCAUCUUUUGAAUCACCACUUGUCGGCACGCGUUAUCAGUCUUCUUCUGCAAAUCCUAGUUGUACAACUGCGACUACCCCGGCUAUUUCUACUACUGCUACUACUACUAGUAAUAAUAAUAGUGGAGUUAUUACUAUCGGCAAUUCAACGACAAAUCCAUCAGUACAAAUUGAUGUACUCCUUGUUUAUCAGCUACCUCCACCGCCUAAACUACAAGCGUUAGCUAGACAAAGAAUUCGUCAACUUUGCAAAGAUGAACACCUUGAACACUUAGAUCUCCCGCGUAGAAUCAUCAGCUAUUUACGCUUUGAACCAUCGUAUACAUGUGCUGGAUCAUGUUUUUCACGAUCAAAUAGUUCUACACGGACAAUAAGAAGUGAUAGUUUUGACCUAUGAUGAUAAAAUCAUGUCAUACCAU